AUGAGUUUCCUCGCCAACUCACGGACAAUGAAAUAUAUGGCACAGGAGCCAGUGUGUGGCAAGAAAUUCUCUCAUAAGAGAUAUAUUGACAUUCAUAUGAGAAUCCACACAAAGGAGAAGCUAUACAGAUGUUAUGUUUGCAAUAAGGUUUUCUCUGAGAAAAUUACUUUAGUAAAGCACAUGCAAUUACAUACAAAGGAGAAGCCAUUCAGCUGUGAGAUCUGCAACAAAGCUUUCUCUCAGACAGGUACUCUAGUAAGGCACAUGAGAGUACAUACAAAGAAGAUAUUCAGCUGUAAGAUUUGCAGCAAGGCCUUCUCUGAAAAAGGUACUCUAAAAUCUAAUCUAGUGACCAAUACAAGAGUGCCUAUAAAGGAGAAGCCACACAAAUGUGAUAUUUCCAAUAAGACCUUCACAUACAAAAAAGAAAAAAAAAUGUCCACCCACAAGGUUUCAUAUUCACUACUUUGGAGACCCCGAGGCAAACCAUUCCUAGUCCCCAAGAACAGGGUGAGGUUCCUUCACCUUGCCUUCGCUUCUCGUUCCCUCAAACAGAAUUCCUUUGAGCAAAGAGUCUUUGCGGUGACGCCCGUGGAAAAGCACGUGCGGCCACUUUUCUCCGAGGAACUUACAUGUGUGGAAAGCUAUAAGGCCUUCGUAACCAAAUCCAGUCUAGUAAGGCAUAUCCGAAUGCAUACACAUGAGAAGCAGUACAGUUGUGAGAUUUAUAAUAGAUCUUUCUCAAGGAAGUUUACUCUAGUGUGCCACGUGAGAAUGCAUACAAAGGAAAUGCCAUACAGAUGUAAAAUCUGCAAUAAGGUCUUCUCAAGGAAAUUUCAUCUAGUUCGCCAUUUGAGGGUAAAUGCAAAGGAGAAGACAUACAGCUGUGAGCUUUGUAACAAAGCCAUCUCGAAGAAAUCUACUCUAGUGAGUCAUAUGAGAGUACAUACAAAUGAGAAGCGAUACAAUUGUGAGAUUUGCAAUAAGGCCUUCCUAUCCAAAAACGAUUUAGUAAGGCAUAUCCGUAUACAUACAAAUGAGAAGCCGUAUAGUUGUGAGAUUUGCAACAAGGCGUUCUCAAGGAAAUUUCAUCUAGUGUGCCAUGUGAGAGUCCACACAAAGGAGAAACCAUACAGCUGUGAGAUUUCGUCCAUAUGUUCCUUUUUAACCGGACAGAAGUUUGAACUUGCUAUGGGCACCAUAUAG